AGAGUUCAGAGAGCUGUAGAGGUCGAGGAAGAGGUCUCACAGUAAUGGCGGCAUUUGAUCAUGUUCGGAACAUGUAUGACGUCGCUCUAAAGCCUAGACUUCUACGUUCACUUAUCAAAGAACACAUCCCCGAUGAGAAACAGCAGUUGCGUAAUCCAUUAGAGCUCUCACACGUUGUCUCUGCAAUCAAAACUCAUGAAUUGUUGUCUGAACGCGUUGUGCCAUCUGCUGAUAACAAAAAAUUGAUCGAGAAAUGGAAAUCUGCGGUUGAUUUGUGGGUCGACCGCUUGCUCAUGCUUGUAUGUAGCAACAUGCCAGAUAAAUGCUGGGCUGGAAUAUGUUUGUUAGGGAUGACUUGUGAAGAAUGCAGUUCCGAGCGGUUCCUUGCAUCUUACUCUGUUUGGUUUCAGAAGUUGCUUUCACAUCUUCAGCCUCCUGCAGAAUCUCACUUUGUGAAGGCUGCUUGUUGUGUCUCGAUAUCAGAUCUUCUUACAAGGUUGGGUGGGUUUCCGAAUAUGAAGAAAGAUGGAGCUUCACAUGCUGCAAAACUUCUUCAGCCAGUUUUAAAGCUGAUGCAUGAGGAUAGCUCAGAUGCUGAAGGUGCUGUUCCUUUGUUAUGCACCAUUUUGAAUUUCUUUCCAUCUUCUGUCCAGAAGAACUAUGAUUCAGCUGAAGCUGCUAUUGUUACAAAGCUUAUGUCUGGGAAAUGCAAUGCUAAUAUGUUGAAGAAACUUGCUCUUUGCUUAUCUUUACUCCCAAAAUCGAGAGGGGACGAAGAUAGCUGGUCGUUGAUGAUGCAGAAGAUCUUGCUAGCAAUAAAUCUCCUUUUGAAUGAUUCACUCCAAGGUUUGGAAGAAGAAACUACAACCAAUGAAGCCAUGCGGGCAUUGGUCCCUCCAGGAAAAGAACCCCCACCUCCUCUUGGAGGCCUAACAAUAUUAGACAUUUCUAACAAGGCAACGAGGCCAGAACGACUCUUUAUGCCUAGUAUAUCAGCACUGAUGCUCUGUUGUUCUACAAUGCUUAGAACUUCUUAUCCUGUUCAGAUCAAAGUUCCUGUUAGGUCAUUAUUAAUGCUUGCUGGAAGAGUGCUGAUGGUGGACGGUUCCUUGCCACACACCUUGUACCCCAUCAUGACUGCAAUGCAACAGGAAUGUAUUUGUACUGAACUCCCAGUUCAGCAUUCAUAUAGUUUGGAAAUCCUAUGUGGUAUUGUCAAGGAAGCACGCAGUCAACUGUUUCCACAUGCUGCACAUAUUGUUCGACUCGUAACGGAGUAUUUCAGGAGAUGUGCAUUACCGGAACUUAGGAUAAAAGUCUAUGCCCUCAUUAAGUUGAUGCUGAUGUCCAUGGGGGUUGGGAUAACAAUGUACCUAGCUGAAGAUGUUGUAAGUAACGCUUCUGUUGAUCUGGAUUCAGUCGGUCAUCAUGGUGGUGAAGCAUGUUCUAAUCCAGUCUUAAAAACAUCUGAGGCAGUGCCUCAGCCUAUGCAAAAGAAAAGGAAGCAUGAUAUGACAAUAACAUCUUUUGGAAAUCAACCUCAAACAUCUAGUUUACACAAAAACCAUACUCCAAUUUCUGUGAAGAUUGCUGCACUUGAGGCACUAGAAACACUUCUAACCGUGGGUGGUGCAUUGAGAUCUGAGAGAUGGAGGUCAAAUGUUGACGUGCUUCUCAUAACUGUAUCUACAGAUGCUUGUAAAGGUGGAUGGACAAAACAAGCAAAUAACGUUUACACCCUACACGACAGUAGCUCUAGUUGGGCUGAUUUCCAGCUUGCUUCUUUACGUGCACUUUUGGCGUCCCUUCUUUCCCCUGGUCGUAUUCGCCCUCCAUAUCUGGCCCAGGGUCUUGAGCUUUUCCAUAGAGGUAUGCAAGAAACAGGAACAAAAGUUGCAGAGUUCUGUGCACACGCCUUAUUGACGUUGGAAGUUCUGAUACAUCCAAGGGCCCUUCCGCUGAUAGAUAUUGCAUCUUCCAUCGACUACCCUGUUAAUGGGGUAAAAGACAGUUUUAUGGAUAACAACACAUAUUCUGGUGCUCAGAAACACCACCUAUAUUCAGGUGGCACAUCCAGAAAUGGACUCGAGUACCCUGAAUCGGAAGAGGAUGAUCUGUAUGAAAAAUGGGUAAAAGAUGUUGACGGAAGCAAUGCGCCUGAAAUUCAGCAAGAAAAGAACACGGUAGAGAAAACAUCAACACCAGCGGAACCGCUUGUCUCCUUCGAGGGCCCAUCUGGUUCCAAAGUUCCUGAAGAGAAAGGAAAGGGAAUUCUGGUUGAAGAAAUCAAUAAGCAGUCUGACAUUCCAAGUCAAACAGCCGAUCAUCAUGCAUCCGACAUGGAAACCGAGAUGACAGCAGCCAAGGACGCCUCCGGCGGUGAUCUGGAGACAGCGACAGGAAGAAGCUUUGUAACAGUAGUGGGUUCGGAGGGAGGUAAGGAGUUCAUGUUUGCAUUGGGUGUUGAUGACAAACUGAUGGAUGAGAUACCUGAUAUUGUUGAUGUGGAACCUGAUUCUGAUGAGGAUUAGAUUUUUGAAGUUUGCAAAUUUUGAUAGGAAUCCAGAGAGGAAACAUGUUAAUUUGAUGUUGGCAAAAUUUUUACAGGCUCUUCUUGUGCGCAUUUUCAAUUUACUGAUC